GUUAUCAUUUUAGUAAAUUUAAUCAUAAAAUAGUUCAAACCCGUAACUCCCGUCGAGCGGAAACAUGGACCCGCUCGAGUACAAAACCCUACACGAAAGCUCCAUGCAGAACAACAACGACGCCUCGGCGCUGAACGUUUUCCUGCACAUCGUUCCGUCGUAUUUUACCAUCGUCCACACCGUCCAGCUCGUGGCAUCGACCGCCCACAUUACCGGCCGGUUCGCCAUGGAGUUUUCACUGGUGGUGUUGCCCUUUCUCCUGAUGGUCACCGUUCUGCACCAGCUGGUGGUCAACAUUGCAGUGACAUUGGCCCUGGUAACCGGAAUUUCCGUCGUGCACCAGAUGAAGAACAAAACCCACCUGACGCCGUUUGCGGGAAGGCGGCCGCAGUUCAUGAGUGCCACCCGGGCCCUAAUAAACCUGAUGACGACCGUAUGCAUCGUGGCGGUGGACUUCCAGAUAUUUCCGCGGGAUUUGGCCAAGACGGAGACGUUCGGGUUUGGGCUGAUGGAUGUUGGGGUGAGAUUGUAUAAAAAAAAUGUCUUCAGCAAUGGAAUCGUGUACAAGGCUGAUCCGGAACGGAGAUCGUAUUUGACUAGGGUGAAUGACGUCCUGGUGGGAUGUCUGCCGUUGUGCGUGCUGGGAGUAGCUCGAUUCUUCGUGACGCAGGAGAUCGAUUAUCAACAGCACGUGUCGGAAUAUGGUGUCCAUUGGAACUUUUUCCUUACCCUGGCGAUCGUGAAAUUCUGCGGAACACUGAUCAUGGACGCUGAAAAGGAACCGGAGAUAGCCAAGAUCAUUGCCAUAACGGUGCUGUGCUGCCACGAGAUGAUGUUGCACCUUGGCGAGUCGCGUUACGUUCUGAACGAAGAAAUAGGACGAGUAAAUUUCUUGGAUGCCAAUCAGGAAGGUCUGGCAUCGGUUCCAGGGUAUGUGGCCUUGUAUCUGGCUUCAACAUACAUCGGCUCGGUUAUGCGGCCAUCGGUGGAGAUUCAACCCGUUAAGAAGUUCCUCCGACAGGCGAUAAAGCUGAGUAUCAUUGCUGGAGUCUGCUGGAAGAUGAUCGACGUUUGCGAGGAUAUGUUCGGAGUUUCCCGACGAUUGGCCAACAUGGGAUACGUUUUCUGGAUCCUGUCUAUCGGGUCGACGAUGAGUUGCCGUUUCUUGUUGCUCGAGAUCUACUUUUACUACGUGAGACUCGAGGAACCGACAACGCACCCAACACUGUCACAUGGACUUCAAAACAAAUACAGUGAAAAUUGUUGACAGCUCGAUCAACAAUUCAAAAACAUAGCUUACUAAGAUCACGCUAUAGAAUGUGAAGUCAAGAACCGUCAAAAUCGAAUCACCCCUUGCAGUUUUAUAGCCAGCGUAAAAAGCUGGAUAUAAACCUACUUUG